CAGUUUAAGGUUUUGAUCCUUUCCUUCGCUGUCUUUGUUGUCGUCGCUUCCGGAGCGACAGUUUAUAAAAGCGGAGAAGAUGAGAAAAAGGUAAGGAGGCAAACCGAUACAUUUUGAUGUACGUAUUGCUUUUCGAAUUUCAUUCCCGUGAUGGUGUAUCGGCGUUCAAAACCAAUGAUAUUCUACAGCAGGCUAAGUUUUCUGCAUUAGUCAAUUGAAAAGCAAGGGAGUUACUUGUGCUAAUUUCAAAAUGUUGUUAAGAGAAUCGAGCAUCUUAAUUUUCCAUCUAUAUCAACACUUCUCCAUGCCUUGUUAACCGGUGGGUGACAAAAAUUUUAAGCUUCAAAAUGGCUAUUUCGAAAAUAAUAGCCGUUUAAAAAUCCUAUGAUAGCCUCUGUGAUUCUAAACAAGGCGCCGGAUUUUUAACGUGUUCGAGUUCUUCAUCAGUGAAGAUACAUUUCAAAGCUAACUGUAAUGUUCUCGUCUGCAAUUAUUUGAAGUUCUUUAUGUAAAAAUUCUUGCAAGGCCUCGUAGCGUUCCAAUAGGUGGGAUGGUUAGCACUCAGUGAUAAUGUUUGCUUACUUUUUUUUAACUUGAACGAUAAGGUUUCGGAGUACAAAGUUAAAGUCAAGGAUGGAGACAAAGAUUUAGACGAAACUAUAAAAAUUGACACCAAAGAGGAAACAGAACUCUUUCACAUCGCAAGUAAUGGCGACACCAACCCCGAUGCCCAUGAGAGAGUGGGGGGCGGGAAGGUCGAUGUUGUUUACGAUUUCAAACAGGUGAGUUUGUAGGUCAGAAAUUGAAAUAUGGCAUAUUUUAUCUUAAAUAUAAUUGCCUUCCUUUUGUUUCUUUUACAUUCUCUCAUUCCUUUUCUUUCGUUCUUCCUUCCUCCUUCUCUUUCUUCUUCUUUCCUUCCUUCGUUUCCUUCGCUCUACGUCGUCUUUUCAGAAUGGCCUACUUCAGUUUACUGCUCUCUUUCUCUCUGAUUUCGCGUAUUAGUCUUCUUUAUUGACAAUGCACCCCUUGCACGUAUAAUAAUAUUUUUUAAAUAGUUACAGCCAAGCACAUAUGUGACUGUUUUCCUUUUGUCUUUUGGUGUAGAACAUGGCUAUGCACCGAAUGUCCAAUCAGAAAGCUUGCUUUCUGAGCGACUCUACUGACAAUCUACCAAAACUAGCUGACCUCAAGAAAUUAAUUGAAAAGGUAAGUACAUUCUUAGAAGUUGUUUGUUUAGUACCUCUGAAGCUGAUGAUGUUCACGUAAUAGAAGAGAAGAACACUUGCUGGGUUCUAGGUCUUUUUUGGAUUCAUUAGUAUUGAUCAAUACUACCAGUUUUACCAUUGUAUUUUUUACAUAUUUUUUUCAUUGAAUAAAUGAAUGAAUGAACGGAUGAACGAAUGAAUGAAUGAAUGAAUGAAUGAACUUUAUUCACUGCAAAUAAAGUUAAUUCAUUUAUUCAUCCAUUCAAUUCUACAUCUAACGAUAUUGGGACAGCUUAUUAGAUUUUGGUCACAUCGAAGGUCCUCUUUUUUGUUUAUUCUGCAUUUCCGAGGGCUAAUUUAUUUGUGUAUAGUAUUUCAGCCUUUUGCAGCAUUCGGUACUGUUUUGUAAGAUUUUUCACAAAAGUGCAAAAACCUGACAUUUUAGCUUUAAAAAAUACUCUGAAAUGUUAGCUAAUGUUGAGCAAGAUCUAACUUUUAGGUUCUGGGAUCGUUCAUUAGGAGAUUUGUAAUCACGUUUACUGCAAACUAAUUAUUUUUGUGCGGUAUGAUUAACACUAAAGGUUAAGUAAAGGGGAAAAGUUGGUCACUUGCUACAAAAUUACGCAACCCUUAUUAGGGGCGCGACCAUUUAACUUUUGAGGGGGUGGAUGGGAAAGGGUGAUUUCAAAGAAAAUAUAUCUUGCAGACUGAUUUCGAGGGGAAAAAAAAAUUCUUGCAAGGAAAUGCCUGGCUAAUAAAAACUCCUACACCGGAAAAAAAUAUCUUUCAUGGCGUAUAAUGCUGGAAAAAAAUCUUAAACCAUUGUAUGUCAGGAAAAAAAUCUGUCACUUCUGGAAGUUUGGGAAAAAACAAAUUCUUACACAAACCAAAUUACCCAUAGCACCCCUACCCCCACCCACUUAGAAGUCAAAUGGUCGGCCCCUUAGGAAUAGACAAUUGAAGAAAAGGGUUCCUUUUGGAGAAUAAACUCAUACUCUUUCUUAUGAAGCAGUCAUUUAAUCGCGAUCAGAGAUUUGUCUCAUACAUUUUGGCGUUGACGGUAGACCAUCCGUAAAGACUCGUAAAGAAUUGUGCUUUUUUUCCCUUCAGCAACUGAACCAGGAUAGCAGCGAGGCAGAGACACAAGGGAAGACUGAAUAUGCCGUUGUUGGUACUGUCAAUGACCGCUCAUUCCUGAGUGAUGAAAUGGCUGCUAUGUGUGCUAAGUUGCCGAUUUAUCGCAUCAAGCAGAGAAACCUCCCAGUCCAGCGUAAGUUAAAUAAUGCUUCAAUAAAAAAACAUACAUGUAGAUAAAAUUUUUAAGAGUAUAAGUCUGUCUUACAACAAUUAACAGCAGGAGCAGUGGGAACAACAAAAACAAAAGCUACCAGUUAAAGCAACCAGCUAACUACCAUGAACAAGGCUCAGUCAUUUUUUUUAGUCGUUUUUAGUUCUCGCGCAGUUAACUGGGUUAAAGCCUGUGCGACUAUCAGCAUCACGGUCUAAACUAACAUAAUUUUUUUCGUUAUUUUGCAGGAACAAAACGUGCCUGGUGUUUCCGAAUUUGCUACAGGAGAUACUCGGGCAUCUUUUGUUGGAAUAUUUGUGUGGUGCGUUGUACUUAAGGCUAAUAAACAGCCUAUAAGCAUAUUAGUGGCUAAGAUUUGCUAAGGCAUUGAUUCAUAGUGAUUAGAUAUAUAUGAUCCAACAAAACCUUCAAUCAGCUCGACAUUUAGGAUAACGGUAUUGAUUUUAAAGCUGGAAAACAAGAGCAAAAAUGAAAAAAAAUAUUAGACAUGCACGCUACCUAUUUUUGUUUGUAAGCUUUUCGUUAUAGCUUUUGUCGGACAGGUGGCGGACACGAAGUUAAAGAGCGCGUUAACAGAGCCGUUUUAUGAAAAUACGAUCUCAAAUCUUUCUUUCUUUGCCUUUUUGCUUUCUCUUUUUUAUACAGUAAUGGCAAAAGCGAAGGUUGGUACACGCAAGGCGAAAAAACCGUAUUGACAAUGUAACAAUCUCAAACAAAAUUUUAUUGAUGAAGAUAUGUGCUCAGAAAGGCCGUUUGCCAUAAUGCUGAUAUCAUACAGAAAGUGGACAACUUGAUUCAGCGUUUUAUCGACGUUGUAUUUCCAUAAAACAAAGAACAUGACCUCUAAUGGGAUUUUUCUUUUAUGUUACAUGAUUGUAGUUACUCAUGUUUUGAAAACAACGAAUAGGCAUGGAAAAAAUAUUUAACUGAAUAAAGCCACUUGCAAGUUAUAACACCGCGUUUGGCUUCAUUGUAACUUAUCGUCCAUUAAAGGUGUUCAGAGUUCUCUUCAAACCUUUGAUGGGUACAAAGCAGCAUCCUGUACGGGGGAAAGCCGCAAUUUUGAUCUUAAUUUUUGUGUGCGAGAAGAAGAAUACAUCUACUUGAUCUCACUUCGCUGUAGUCUGUUUCCACUAUGCACAUUCCGUCAGCUUAAAUCCUGUUUAGGAGUUCCAGUAAGAAGUUCUCAUCGCGCCUUUAUUAAAGCCGGGCAUUUUCUGAUAAUAAGCGAGAGUAUUGUUAUACAGCUUUUUUCAGGUUACCUAUACCACACUUCGACACAAUUUUCUCUAACCUGACAGUAAAACCUUGGUCUUAAAAGAGAUUAAACUUACCAGUGGUGUUACGUAUACGAACACUGCAUGGUGGGCAUUAAUUAAUUUCACGGCUAGUCUUUAUACAUUAUUUAAUUAGCAAUUAAUGAAUGAGGCUGAGUAGGAUGAUGUGCUUAAUUCUUUAUAUUCUACGAAAGCCGAAUUCAUUAAUUGCUUUAUUAUUCAUUCAAAUAAUUCCUAGUUUAAAAACACAGCUAAAACAUGAUUACCUGCAUCAAUGUUAAGUUUAUCUUCGAUAGUGUACGUUUAGGUUUGUCCAGCUCCGCAAAUAUUCUCCAAAUAGCAGAUGUCGCCCUCCGAGUUGUCUUCUUGCUUUUUUUGCUAUGUUUUUAGCCAUUAUUUCGCCUAGUUCCAGCUACAGUUCUCACUCUUGAAACGAGUGAAGUGUCCGCCAUUGUAGUUUUCACAACGAAAGCAACUCAACCUCGUCCCCAGGUCUUUUCGGUUAACCGUGCAUUAACCUGUGGAGUAGCCUGAGUAUCAGGCCUUCCUAAGGGGCUAGGGGAGAGGAUAUUUUACUUUUUCGCUUCCAUCUUUCCCCCUUUCCCCCAAAACGCCGGAUACUCAGAGAGGGCUGCAUUUUUGACGUCAUUUCCUCGUUAAACACAAAAUUCUUCCAAAUUUGGUCAUCAGUAGCUGGUUAUGGUGAAUUAUGCGUGUGCUUCUAGCCAAUCAGAAUUGGGGAAAUAUUUUGAAUGAAUAGUAAUAGCCUUUUUUCGCUUUGGCAAGAAUCAUACUUCUGUUUCUAUGACAGGGAUUGUUCUGAAGAUAACCAUACUGUCCCCAACGAUUUUUUAGGAUCAAUUUCAAUUCAGAGUGUUGUUUAGUUCCCGCCACCACUCCGAGAUACGCCGCCUUCAUUCUGCUCCCGGCAGGUUUGAUCGUUAAGAAAAUGGAGUCUUGAUACUAAUUAUUUGUAUUUACUAUUCCAAUUACUUCCGAGGGUGUACCAUCGCAACUUGCAUGAUUGCCGCCCGUACGUCCUGUAACGUUUACCGACAUAAGCGAUGAGUGGAGGCGACAGGCAAAUUAAUACAGUUGAACCUCCAUGUGCGACCACCUCUUGUAAGCGACCACCUCCCAUAAGUGACCGUCAAUCCAAAACACCAAAAUUUUCCCAGUCAAAGCCUUACAGUUGGAACCUCUAGUAACGACCACCUUCUGUAAGCCACCGCGCCCACCGUUUGGGCCUGACGGUUAAUGAUUCUCCAUUGUUUUUAACCUUUUGAAAGUGACUGCUUGACGCAUUCUCUGAUCUACUCGCUGUGUGCACAAUUGUGUGCACUAUGUUUACAUAGAACAUACGAAGCACUUUAGUGACAACAUGGAACUACACAUAUCCUAACUUAGACAUUUUAUGCAAUAAAUUAUCUUCCAUAAAGUAGUUGUGCCUGGAUCUCUUCUUGAAAGAGGCCCGCCCUGUGGUUCAAUUCUUGUGAGCGACCACCUCCCGUGAGCGACCACUCAGUCUUUACAUUUUGGGUGGUCGCUUACGGAAGGUUUGAAUGUAUAAUGAACUUUGUUUUGCGACGCUGCUGAUGGAUCGUUGCCAAAGCAUCAUACCCUACGGAAGGCCUGAUAAACUUAAUAGGUAACACUGGUGCAAGAGACCAUAGAACUGCGUCGAAGAAGAGAUCGGACGAAGGAGGGGGCGGGUUGAACGGGACAUCCUGAACUUUUUAUCGAGUUACCUUUUUCCAAGCGCAAGACAAUUAAGCGGCUGUGAGGAUGCUCAAAGUAUUUUGUUGAAGAUAAAAAAAGAUCGACCAAGUGUUGACCCUACCUCAAAGAACCAAUGUUAUUUUAGCAGUUGGCAUCGACGCGAGAUAUGGCAAAUGAUUAUAAAUAAUAAUAAAAAAAAAACCUUGGCAAAUUACCCAAAUACGUGAUCUUGGCUGUAUAUAACGACCUAUUGUGACAGAGCAGACAAGCGUCUUUACCAUGCAAGUAGACGGAUAUGGCAACUCAAAAGCAGCGUAUGCCCUCCUUUGCAUCAGGCUUUCUGUUUUGUCUAUUGUGUUUUACUGUGCCGGGUAUUUGAGAGUUGAACUAGAGUUACAUGAGCAGAAGAAUAGGAUUAACGCUGGGUGUCUAGAAAACACAGACCUCGAAAACAAAUCUGUCCGUGAUACAAGUAAAAGGCCUUGCAAUUGAUUAAUUAAUUUACUUGCUACUGAUCAUGAAAAGUCGAUCAACACCACCUAUCAAGUGUACUCAUCGACAUGAUACUAUCUGACAUGAUCUGACACGCCAAGACAAAACAAAACUGUUUUGCAAAUUUAUAGCCAGACUGUGACCUUGCUUGACUGCAAUGCGAUCUAAUCUGGAGCAGUAUUUAACAAAGGUUGCUUUGUAAGCUUGCUUUAUUCAGCGUAUGAAGUCGAAGUAGCCAACAUGGCAACCCAAAAACAGCUUAUGCCAUCUAUUUCGAGCAUUGUUUCUGUUCUGUCGAUCGUGUUCUGCUUUGUUGGGUUUCUGAGAGUUGAAGUGGAGUUAAAUGAGCAGAAGAGGAGAAUCAACACUCUUGAAAACGUUGCAGAGUCUAAGCCGCAGCCAUCAAGUGAAGCGGACCUUAUUAAGCCAAAAACGCAAGACUUGGGUAAGCUCAUUUCCCGUAUUAUUUAAUAUUCAACGUUACAAACACGAAAGAUUUUGUUCUCUCGUUAUGCGGAUAUCUCCAUGAUAUAGUAAAUGGGUUUGGUGGGCAAUGAAAUGUGCUAAUUGUCUCCCUAUUAAUCCAAUCUGUGGCGAUUUCUCAGAUUCUUAUACGCUUUACAGCGUCUACAGUUAUCAUUUGAAAUUCUCAGAGCCCUGCUAGGUUCACUUCGUUUUCGGACCACAGAAUUCUCAAGUGUUACUUAAGAAACAGUCCAAAAAUAUGAUAACGUCAUUUUCCUUUCUUCCCAUUUGAAACAAGAAAUUCUUGGUCGGUGUGCGUCGAAAAUUUUAAGCUGGAAGUCAUUCAGUUCGGUGCUUUUGAUGCAGCACCGAGGUGCCAUAAGAUGCACGCUCUUAAUAAGUUUUUUAAUUGCAAUAAUUACUAUCCUAAAACAAUUUGUUUUGGCUAUUGUUGAAGCUUAGAACUUUGGCUCUACUCUUUUUAGUAUUUUGUUCAGCCUUUUUUUUUUGUUUUUCAUAAUUUUGUCACGGAAUACUUCAGAGACGUCUACUGUCUUUUUUCUCCCUUGGCCCGGUUUGUCUCUUCAGGGAGCAACCUCCUUUCCAGGGUUCUCUCUCCCUCCUUACUCACGCUUUUAUCGCACACUGUGCAAACCACCCAUGUAGAAUUUCCAAGAUAAGACAGAACACCAGUAACGAACUUACGGCUAGAAAUAAAAAAAAAUAUUUGUGAUAAAAGCUAUUUUGUCAACCUGUAAGGUAAACUAAAUCCAACGGAAACCUGGGUUUUUCGACCUUAAAAGGGUAAAAUGUAUUACGAUUUCGGUGAAUCGCUUACCAGAGAUUUAGUCGUGGAUGUUUGCACGACGGAUUCACGACGAUGACUAUAAUGUGUAGGACAGACGUGCGCGCUUCAUAGCAUGACACGAGAUAACUUCCUAGUGGCCAUCGCCCCGCUAUUCUCCGUCCUCUAUCGACGGAGGUGCAAGUCGUCUAUCUUAGGGGUUGAAAUUGAAGAUUUUGGUCUCACUUAGGGUCCGUUCAAUAUGGAAAGCUAAAGUUUUUAUCCGUAAAGGUAUUUCCCAGGGUCUUGCGCAAAGAAAUAUUUGAAUAGCAUUCGACGUCAUACAUCUUGACCUCAAUUAACCACCACGGCUCUUAUUUAGUUAUCAACUGAUAUAUUUAGUAUGCUUAGCACUGACUAUCCGUCAUUGUAAAUUUAUCUUACUCCAAUAAGGACAUGGUUUGCAUAACAAGUUACCUUUCUAUCACUUUGACUUUUUAUAGUCCGUUUUGGUUGGACUGUCGAUCAGGAGGGAAAGCUACUUGUAGGCAUAUCUACUGUCCCUUUUAUUACUGGGUUUGAGCAAAGUGGUUACUUCUGUCGCUUUCCUUGGCUGUUAAUAAUCCGAUUUUAAUCAUUGAUAUCGUACCUACAUUUUACUUUCUGUCUACCAAGUGUUUAUUAAUGAACUACCUACGUAUUUAAUAACCAAUGCCAGGAGCCGGCUCCUGCCUAUGUGAAUGAUAACUGAGCCCUUAAGUUACCCAGUGAAUAAGGAAUAAUGAAAGGGUCUACUUACAGGGUCAAUAAGCUGCUAUAAAUAAAGUUUUUAAACAGAAUCAUCCUGAACACGUGUUGUAGCAACAGUUAUGAUGAAAAGAAUGAAAAAAGUGGAAAUUCUCUUCCUUGUUUGAUUUCCUUUUCCUCUCCUCAUUUCUCCCAAUCUUAGUAAUGUAAUAUUAAGAACAAAUAAAAUAUAAAAAGAGUCAUUAAGUUGGCGACCAACUUUUGAAUACAGUUAGCUAGCCUUAUAAUUUUAGGUCGGGACAUUCCAAGGACUCUCUCUAAAGUCUCGGUUUGUUUUUACCUGUUUAAUUUUAGAGCUUCAGGCCCCUGAACGCCAGAGAAACAAACGUCAGCUUAAUUCAAUGAAUGCGACGCGUAAAAUCAACAAGCUUUUAUCGGAUUUAAAACCUCACAUCUGUCAGUCAAAAGGUGUUGCGUGUUCACCAGGUCCCCCAGGCCCUCCAGGCCCAUCUGGACCGAGGGGAGAGAAAGGAGUCCGGGGACGAAGAGGACAGAGAGGGAGACCAGGAAACAAAGGAGAUCAAGGCAUUAUAGGCUCACCGGGAAAGAGUGGCAAGCAAGGCAUUAUGGGACCUUUUGGACCGCCUGGUGAAGCUGGUCCUAAAGGACAGAAAGGAGACACUGGGCUUAAGGGAGAGCCUGGUAUCAAUUCGAUUUCAGCCCCAACUGUUGAUGUUUAUCCUGCAAGGUUAACUGUUAACGAGAGCGAAUCAGCCUCCUUUGAGUGUUCCGUUACUGGCAACCCCACGCCUACAGUAGUGUGGAUUAAUGUGAACAAUCAAUCAGAAAUAAGCCAGGCAGCAAUUUCACAAGGAAUUAUGCGUGUACAGAACUUAAAAGGAAGUGAUGCGGGUUUGUAUAAAUGUUCAGCGACAAACAUCUUAGGACAGGCGCACGCAGUGGGUCAGCUGGUAGUAAAUGGUGAGUUUAUAUACGUGGCAAGGAGUACAAGAAAAUCACGUAAAUAUAAAUUUUGUAGUUCGGCACCUAUCGUCAAUUAAAAGUGAAGGACAUGCAGCUUCAUUAUCAUCUUCACCAUCAACAGCAAAUGGGCUCCUAGAAUGAGGAUAAAAGCUUUAUUUUAAGUUACAAAAGCGGUUUGUAUAAGACAUAUCUUUAAAAAAGAAGUUAAAACAGUUUUAACUUCUUCUUCAGUCCUAAGUACCGUAAAAGAUUUAUUACGCCCCACUCUCUACUUAACACCCUCUUUUUCUUUUUUUCCUUCAAGAAUGCUCCACUCUCUUAUAGAGAGCUAAUUUCAUAUGGGCCAGUUCCUUGUCAUCAACACAAACUAUGUGUCAGCUGUUCUUUAUGGCAGAAAUAGUUCAAUUCUAGAACUCUCUGGGCAACCUACCUGUGUUUGCCUCGAUUUUCUCUUCCCAACUGUUGCCACUGCACUUUUUUUAAAGAAAGAACUAGAGUGAACUGAGUUAAAAGCUACACGCAUAAAAAUAUAUACGCAUUGGAUAGGCAUUAAAACAGUUGCUUAAUUGAAUGUGUCUUUCAUUUACAGCUCGCCCUAUUAUAACCCUUGAUCCUGGACCUUUUUAUGCCGUUGAAGGAAGCAAUGUCACUCUGCCAGUUUGUCACGUGACUGGACAUCCCACCCCAGUAGUCACGUGGAGCAAGUCGUUUGGUCAGCUACCGCAGGGGAGAGUACAGAGUAAUAACAGCGUCAUCAAACUACUUAGUGUCCGUAAAGGUGAUUCAGAUAAUUACCUCUGUACUGCGACUAAUCUACUAGGAAGUGUUGUAAAAAGAACAGUAUUAGUAGUGGUCCCUAUGCCUCGGUUUAUUGUUAAACCACCGACGAAACUUGUCGCCUCUUUAAGUCAACGUUUAACGUUGAAUUGCAGCGCUACUGGUGAUCCUCAACCUGUCAUCAGCUGGAGAAAACAAGGAUCGAAACUACCAGUCGGUCGUAGUCAGCAAACCAAGGGCGCUUUAGUUAUAACACACUUAAGAAAGGAGGACGCAGGAAAUUACAUUUGUGUUGGAACCAGUGUAGGAUUACCUAACCUAGAAGCAGUGACUGUCGUUGAGAUUCAGCGUAGAGGUGAGUGCAUGCUUCUUCUUCUUUUUCUUCUGUCACUCUCUUAUUAAGAGACAACCCCCCAAAAGAGAAAAAUAAUCUUGGCAUUUAUUAAUUUGGGCGGUCAUUUAUAUGGGGGUAAGACUGCUGUAAAACAAAAAUUUCCUGACAGUGAAUCGAACUUCUCCAGAAACGAUGUGAAUUUACCUCGAUUAUAACGAAAUCUCAUACAUAUCUUGUAUUAGUUCGUUUAGUAAAUGGACGAACUUCGAAUGGCCGUGUUGAAGUAUACUACAAUGGAACUUGGGGCACCGUGUGCGAUGAUUCCUGGGAUAUCAAAGAUGCUAAUGUGGUUUGUCGUGAGCUGGGUUUCUCCAGAGCAAAAUCCGCUCUAUCCGGUGCAAGGUACGGUCAAGGUUCUGAGCCUACGUGGAUGGAUGAUGUCAACUGUAAUGGAGCAGAGGCUUCACUGUUUGAUUGUUCUCACAACGGGUGGGGAAAUGAGAACUGUGGCCACUCUGAGGAUGCAAGUGUAGAGUGUUUGUAA